AUGUAUAGCAGUGCAACUGCCAACAUGCAAGAUAUCGAACUAAAGGUGAUAGACGACAAUCUGAGACCAUCACGAGAGAUAGAGGUAGAAUCUGACACCUCGUCUUCCUACACGGACAGCGAAGGCUCUCCACGCAGAUCCGUAAGCCCAAACGGUAUGAGUACCGGCGUGUGGAGCAAGGAGGAGCAUGCCCGAUUCCUGGAAGCCAUUAAGAUAUAUGCUAACGGACCAUGGAAAGUCGUUGCAACUUAUGUUGGCACCCGCACCGUCCGACAAACUAUGACGCACGCUCAGAAAUAUCGUCAGAAGGCUGCACGGCGCCUUCGCGGUCUGCGAACCAAGCAGGCCCUGAUGCGAAUGAACUUUGGGCACCAUGUAAGCGAGGAGUCGCUCAUACAGGAACGUCUUCGCGCUAUGGGCGGUGUUCGCAACAACCACUGCGUAGCGUAUGAGCUAAACCACGCCAAUUAUUCGCUUGCUGACACUGCGGGAGUGAGCCAAAAAGGUCACUACUCUGACGCCGGGACUCUAUCAUGGGCAAAGCACUUUGCGAGCCAGUCAGCAGUGGAGCCGUUGUGUCUGGACACGACGAUGCUCGCCUACGAGGAUAUUGACCUUCUCCAAGAUUUGACAUCUAGCCCUACUCUUGAGGAGUGCGCUGCAGAGCUACUCAAAGUACUUUUUUAA